AUGGCCCUAGCCAGGGUUUUCGCUUUGAUGCUGAGUGAUGCUGAGGCGGUCGGCGAUGUGGUGACAGUCACCACUACUUCUGUAACAAACGCUUUGGUGGAAUGGAAGACAAGCCUUGACAACCACAGCCAAUCUAUUUUGUCCUCUUGGGUUGGAACCGACCCUUGCAAUCGAUGGAUUGGAAUUGGGCGUCACAAGUCCAUUAGGGGCAUUGCAUAUGUAAACCUCACAAGCCUUGCUUUGAGAGGUACGCUCCAUAGUUUUAAUUUCUCGUCCUUCCAACACCUCGAAAAGCUUGAUCUUAGCAACAACAUCCUCUUCGUAAACAUUCCCUCCAAUCUAGGAAUGCUCAAGUCUCUCAAUGCCCUUGAUUUGUCAGUUAACAACCUCACAGGAUCAAUCCCAACUACUAUAGGAGACUUGAGCAACUUGACCACCCUGUGCCUUCAUCACAACAUGCUUUCUGGAUCUAUUCCUCGAGAGAUAGGAAUGCUUAAGUCUCUCAAUGACCUUCAAUUAUCAGGUCACAACCUCACAGGGUCAAUCCCAACUACUAUAGGAGACUUGGGCAACUUGACCACCUUGUACCUUUAUGACAACAUGCUUUUUGGAUCUAUUCCUCGAGAGAUGGGAAUGCUUAAGUCUCUCAAUGGCCUUGUUUUGUCAGGUAACAACCUCACAGGGCUGAUCCCAACUACUAUAGGAGACUUGGGCAACUUGAUCACCUUGUACCUUGAUAAUAACAUGCUUUCUGGAUCUAUUCCUCGAGAGAUAGGAAUGCUUAAGUCUCUUAUUUUUCUUGCAUUGUCAUAUAACAAUCUCACGGGUUCAAUUCCAGGUUCGAUAAGAAAUUUAAAAAACUUGACCACUUUGUACCUUGGGGUAAACGAACUUACUGGAUCUAUUCCUCGAGAGAUAGGAAUGCUUAAGUCUCUCAAUGACCUUGACUUGUCAAUUAACAACCUCACAGGGCCAAUCCCAACUACUAUAGGAGACUUGGCCAACUUGACCACCCUGUACCUUCGUCAUAACAUGCUUUCUAGAUAUAUUCCUCGAGAGAUAGGAAUGCUUAAGUCUCUCAAUAGCCUUUCAUUGUCAGGUAACAACCUCAUAGGGCCAAUCCCAACUACUAUAGAAGACUUGGGCAACUUGACCACCUUGUACCUUCAUCAUAACAUGCUUUCUGGAUCUAUUCCUCGAGAGAUAGGAAUACUUACGUCUCUCAAUUACCUUGCAUUGUCAAGUAACAACCUAACAGGAACCAUUCCACUCACAAUUGGAAAUUUUACUAAGCUCACCACCCUAGCACUCCAUGGAAAUCUAUUUUCAGGCCUACUCCCUCCAGAAAUAGGGAAAUUGAAGUCUCUUCGAGACUUAUGCUUGUUUUCAAACAAAUUUUAUGGCUCCAUUCCUCAAGAGAUGAAUAAUCUUACACAUUUGAGGCUUCUGGCUUUAUCUGAUAACAAAUUUAUCAACCAUUUUCCAGACAAUACAUGCCUUGGGGGUUUGCUUGAGAAGGAUUGUGGCUGUGGGCGUGACGGAGGGACGCCGAAGACGAUGGCUGGACUCAUCUUCUGGUCUUUGAGAGAGAAGGUGGUCUACAGAGAAGCUGGAGGUCAGGGCUGGGCUGUGAUAGUCUGCUGUGCUCGUUGGGUUCUGAGGGAGUUUGCCAGAGUUGCAGCAAAGAAGGUGGCCGGAACAGAGGGUGGAGAUGUCCUCGGAUUUCUGGUGCCGUGGAUGUAUUGA